AUGGCUUCUAGAAGAACUUCAUCUUCACACACUAUCAGCAGAAGGUUGGGUGAAAUGGGUGUCCAAAGAUGCAAAUGUGGAGAUGAGGUUAUAGUGCUAACUUCAUGGAUAGAGCAAAAUUAUGGCACAAGAUUUGUUAAAUGUCCAAAUUACAUGGAGAGAUGGACAUGCAAAUACUUUGAUUGGAUUGAUGGACCAGUUGAAAAUCCAAUGUUAGAUGGGAUAAACAAGCUGAAGGAAGAGAAUGUUGAGUUGAGAAGGAGGAUGAGGAAAUUGGAAAGGCUGAUAUAUGUUGUGGUUGCUAUAAAUAUAUUGCUAUGUAAAAUGAUGAUGUAG